AUGGAGGCGGUAGAGAAUGGGCUGGAUGCAGCAGCGGACGGCCUGGAGACACUAGCGGAAGCAGUUGAAGAGGCGGCGGAGGUCAAGAGGAUGCCGCCGAUGCAGAGGAUGGUGUGGAAACUCCGUUUCGCCUUCGUGAUCACGUUCAAGGUGUCAGUCGUCUUCCUGGUGGCCGGCGCCAUUGUAGGGCUCACUGCUUGCAGCCGCGGCAUCAUCUGGGGGCCCAUGGUCGCCGUGGGUGUGCUCCUCACGAUCAGCCUCAUCCUCGGCUGCGGCGGCCUCAAGCACGACAGAGAGGGCCUCUACGACUGCUACCGCGCCGGCGUGCUCGUCGCCGUCGUGGCCCUCCUCGGCUACCUGAUCUUGGCCUACGUCGCCGUCGGAGGCAUCGACCUGACCGCGGUGAAGGAGCGCGAGUACAGCCUCGACGACUACGGCGGGUGGCUGAGGGCUCGCGUCGCUGACCCGCGCUACUGGGGAACGACGAGCGCGUGCAUCCGCGACAGAAACACCUGCUUCGUCGUGAGGGAAGACGACAGCAGCAUCUUCCUCCUCCGCCGUCAGCUAUCCUCCUACCAAGGCCUCCAGGAGAACGAACGCCCUGUAAUGUCGCCUAUCCAGUCUGGAUGCUGCAAGCCACCAUCAUCAUGUGCUGCAUUCACAUAUGCGAAUGGCACGGCAACAACACCAGCUGCCUCUGCCAUGGUAACCAACGCCGACUGCAGCAAAUGGAGCAACGACGAAGAAACGCUGUGCUUCCAAUGCGACUCAUGCAAGGCAGGCUUCCUCGACGACACCAAGAAGGCGUGGAAUGGCUUUGCCAAGAUUCCCAUUAUCGGUUUGAUGCUGCUCAUUGUUGCAUGCUAUUGGAAUAUCAAAUACCCAUUAUGGACAUGA